GUGUCGUGUACUAUCUCUCAUCUUGUAUACAGACAUUACAUUCAUUUCAGUUAUAUAAGAUAUUGAGAAAAUGGAUGUCAGAAAGGGAAAUAAUUCUCAAAUUAUUCAAAGUUAUUGACUUAAAUAUUUUGGAACGAACGGACGGACGGGGCGUAAUGAUUCCGAUAUAGGCCCCCUUCAAACUACUGCGUGAUGUAUAUUUGCAUGGAUAAAAUUGCAUCAGCUUUUCAGAUGUUCAAAUUCUACUAUCAUCUAAAGAUGAACGUAUGCUAUUUGACUUUAUACUUUUGACAUGUUUUGUUAUCAUUACAAAAAACUGGCACUUUGCCUUUUUGUACAAAAUAAACUAUAUGACCUUUGAAUACAUAUUCACAUAUAAGAACUGGGAUUUUUUACGACUUUUUCAGACCGUUUUAAUAUCGUAUCAGACAUGUUACAUUAAUAAUUAAAAGUGUUAAACUUUUGUGUCAUGAAUGAAAUACGUACAAAUCUGGUAUCAUUCACUGUGGUUGCUUUACUAGUAAGUGCCACUAUGUGCCUGUCAGUGCAUUCUGAUAAUGAGGAAUUUAGUAGUAUACAGGAGAAUCCAGCAGAACUGAUAAAACGUUUAGUUGGGGAGGAGGCAGGAUCGAACAUUGCCGCCGGAAGGGGACGGUUGUCUAGCUACCUGCUGCUUCUGUAUAAUGCACUGGAGGGUUAUGAGGAAAUACACCAACACCACACAGGAAAGUUUCCAAAAAUUCGAAGCUAUCGUGGAUUGAAAGGUGGAGAAAACAGCUUCACAUUCUCAUUGACAAGUGUCAGGAGGAAUCACAUGAAAAGAAUCGAAAUCGCCGUAAAACUGACUGACAGGGGGAGAAAUAUUUUUUCCAUUGGCCAGAACGUUUCACUCUUUGUCCAUGAUGGUCUUCAUGAUACCAUCGACUUUUUUGCUCAGACAUAUGCAAACUAUCUUAUCUUUGACAUAUCUGAUCUUAAAGAUGCAUUGCCAAGUAACAUCACCAUUGACAAUAUACUACAUAUAAACAAUGAGCAGGUAAGAAUAUCUAGGCGCAAUGAGCCAGUAUUGCUUAUAUAUGAACAUCUUCAAUACAACCCGCUACUGAAUGGACGUCAAAGAGUGCGUAGACACGCACAUCAUAUGCAGAACUUGGUUGAUGACCAUUCUGCAGAAACUGAUUUGUACUCGUGCCGGAGAUAUGACUGGUAUAUGGAUAUGUCAGUGUUUGACUUAAACUGGUGGGUACGUCCUCUAGUCUAUAAUGCGGGAUACUGCUACGGACGCUGUCGCUUCCCGCUAACAAUCGAGGGGACGAACAGCACGAGUUAUUCGUUCAUGAAAAACAUCUGGCACUCGCAGACAUUCUUCAUGGACGAAAGUGUCCCUAAAGCCUGCUGCGUUCCUGUAGACUACGAACCUCUGCAAAUUAUCUAUAUUAAUGACAAUUUAGAUGGUGAUAUUAUGAUGAUAUCAAAUAUGAAAGUCAAGUCUUGUGGUUGCAGAUGAAAUGCUCGUAUAUGGGGAAUCAAGAAUCGUAUGUGUAGUAAGUUAUUUAGGUUGUGAAUGUAAAUUGUUGACAAGAACAAAUGGGUUACUACUUGAUAAAACUUUAACAAUUAUACUGUAAAGCCUCUCUUUUAUCUGUACAAUUUUCAACAUCUUAUAGUUACAGCACAAAUUUUUAUGGAAGCUAUGCUAUUAUUUGCUUUGUAUUUGAGGCUGUAUUUUCAAACAAUUGGAAGAUUUUUUGAAACGGCGUUACCUCCUUAUUUUCAUAGAUUUGACAAUUUUUGGGUAUGUAUGUACAUGCAUCAGCGUUUUAGACAACCUCAAAAAGCAAUUGCUUGUUAUAACAUAAUUGCCUAGAUCAAGAGUUAUAUUUUUGGUUUGGUUCUACAUCUAGUCCUCAUGACCUGCAACAAUAUAUACCAAAUUAAAGUUAUACUCUUUUCUAAAUCUCUCUUGGUAGUACAAUCUUAAGAACUUUUCAACCUAUAUUACACUUGCUUUUAUUUUAAGUAUAAAUGAAUUCAUCGAGUGGAAAUUUGAAAACUAAAUCGACAUUUAAUUUUAUAUCAAGACGUUGAUAUUUUGCUGAUAAAGAAGUUCUUGAAAUAUUUAAAAUAUUGACUAAAUACAGAAUUUUGAAUGCGCAAUUCAAAACCGCUUCUGAUAUUUUACAACCGUCUGAAUCCAAGAUUUUAUAAUCCGCUUCCCGGCGAUAAAAUAAAAACGACCUCUAUUUUAAUUACGACCAUCUGAGUCCCGGUAAUAAAACGUGUAUCACCACUGAUAUUUAACAGACCUCUGUGUCCUUGUGAUAAAUUUAAUUGUUUACCAACUUUCUGUUUAAAUCAAAACUGCUCCAUGGAAUUUAAAACGGCAAUCACGAGUCUUGAUGACAAUGUCUAAGCCGCCAUUGAUUUAUUAAGAACCUCCAAGUUCUGACGACAAAGCCAACACCUCAAAUGAUAUGUUACAACCCGCCAACUUCUGAUGACAAAUUCAAAACUGCCACUGACAUAUUACAAACCUAAGAGUUUGAUGACAGAUUAUCAUUUACAAAUCUCUAAAUAUUGGUGAUACAUUAAAGACCACCGUUAAAAAGACCGCCACUGACACUUUAUAACUGUCUAAGUUAACACCAGGGACUUCUGUGAGCGAGUAGUUAAGAUCGCUGACUUUGAUUUACUUGACUUUUACCAUUGUGGAUUCGGAAUCUUGCUUUUGUAAUGUUAAACUAUUUUCAUAUAAGGAAGCCAUCCAGUUGGCUUACGGAUAGUAUGUGGUUCUAACCAGGUGUCCGCCCAAGCCUGAGAUAAUGCACAAAGGGGGACCAUGAGUUUUCCUCCUCCAUGGAUGGAAAGUUACCUUAUGGCUUAUCAUUGUGUCGCUGUGACGUUAACCCAACAACGAUAAUAAAUCAAACACCACAUCUUAAGCUUUACAACUCUCUAUGUUCAAAUUCCCUAGGACAAAUUCAAAGCCGUCAGUGACAUUUUACAAACCUCUAAGUCUUACUAAAAAUAAAUACCGCCCCUGGUACUAUACAUCCAUUUGACAGCGAGACUGCCUAUGAUAUUUACAUCCAUAUGACAAAUUCAAAAACACCACCUUUCGAGUCCUGAUGAUAAAUUCAAAACUGCCUUUUAUAUCUCAGAAACAUCUGCUCUCUAAAACUGCCUCUGAUAGUUUACAACCGUUGUGAAUUACUAUGAUAUAUUGGUCAUUGCAAAUAUACAGCUUUCUUGAUUGACUUACAGAUAUUUUACAAAUAGAACUACCCGUAUACAUAUAUGGUUACAUUUCUGUAAGAUAAACUACUGAUAUAUUUAAAAAAAAAUAAUGAAAUAUUCUAAGAGAAGCUUAUGUUUGAUUCAGUUGAAACUCUCUCUCUCUCUCUCUCUCUCUCUCUCUCUCAACAAAAUGGCAUUUUGAUUUUGAUCCUGUAUUUAAUUCAGUUCAUCCUCUCUAUCACGUAUUUAUUUUUAUCAUUACUUGCAUUUCUUUAAUUCUCUUUUUAUUUGUUUUCCAAGCUUAGUCUUUGUACUCAAAUCGUUUUCGCCAACUUUUGUCGCAUCAUUUACACCUGUAGCAUCAAUGAAAAUUCUAGAAGCAGUGAAAGGCAUUUAUGCCAAUGUUAAGUCAUGUAUCAACGUUAAUGGGGUGGGUAUCUUGUACUUUCUCUUGUUCUCUCGGUGAAAGUCAGGAUGAAAAAAUGCCAUCUUUGUGCAUGUCUUUAUAUUUGAAUGAUUUCAUGAUUAUUUUUUUUUUUGUAAACAGCUUGAUAACGAUGUUGAACUAUGUUAAAUUUUUUAUUAUUUUUAUACAGAUGCCACCGCUUUGGUGUCAAAUUUAGAGAGAGAUUUACGAAAUCCUUUGAAUGUAUAAUGACUGAACCAAACCAAAAUUCUAAUAUUUCGUAAGGGUAGACAUAUGAAUUAUAUUUUACGGUAACGGAUAACUCUUUGUAAUUAUGAAUGAAUACAAAUAUUUAGCCAUUUCAUUUAGUAGAAGUUGUUUAAUUAUUUAUUGCAAAAAAUGUUAAUUGUUAAACAAGGAACAAAAGCAACAUAUUGUAUACAGUUCUAUUAGAAAGUGAAAAUUUCCCUUUACCUUCCUUUCGAUAUUCAAAUGAAUACACCUGUCAAAACCGUUUUACUUUAUGACUGUGAAAUGUGGGGAGUUGGUAACAUUGAUAGAUGUAUUUGAGAGAGUUCAGUUGAUUUUGAAAUAUAUCCUGGGACUUUAGCCAUAUGGCGUAAGGUAAGACAAGUGUUAAACCACUUAUUUAAGAAAUAGAAUUAUGAAAUUUCAAAUAAAUGGGCAUAUUUCCUUAAGCCUUUUCCAAAAUCAUCUAAUUUGUCAUGUAGUAUAGUUGCUACGUCAUUUUAAGUAUACAAUCCUGUUCCAAUAUGUAUGUUUGGAUAGCUUGAAAAAGCUAGAAUGUUUUUCAUAAAAUGUGGAUUGUACAACCGAUAUUUUGUAAGUCACAGCUGGUUAUCAGCCAUCCAGGAGUAAACAUUUUCAGAUUUCUUUAAAGUUAAACAUGAAUUUAUAUUCGAAGACUUUUUCUAUCGGACUAUUCCGAUGCAGUUGAUCAUAAUCUGAGAUUUUCUGCUAUGUUGGAGAUGGGUUUCUUUUUUAUUUGAAUGCUUGUAUUUUCCGAUAUGGAGUAUGCACUUUCUUAAAGCUGAAUAGCGUGCAUGAUCUAAUGAACAAAGUUACAAGUUUAAUGAGAAUUGUGACUUCAGUGUGUCAGAAUAUGAAUAUGCAAAGAAAUUAUUAGAUGCCAUAAUGAGUAUAUUUAAGUCUAAUUCAUUCUUUCUUUCUUUUUUUUUCAUUUUUAAGGUAGUGUGUUAGGCUGGGUAAACGUCGACAUUGCAGCCUUUAAUGGUGGAAGAAGGCUCCAGAUGCCCCUCUGAACAUUAUUGCGUGCAUUGAGUUACUUUAUACGACAUACUUUAUGAAAACAGUGUUCCCUCCCGAUAAACAUAUUUCAGCUAUACCAUUAAGCAUUGUUUUACUUACCUACCACUGUACACGAUCAUGAUAAUUUGUUUCUAUGCCUUUCGUUGUUGCCUCUGUAUUUGUUAUAACAUAUAAUAUAUAUCAUAUUUUCAUGUAUCAUGACCAUUUGAAAUUGGAAAGGGGCGUUAUACUUCUGAUCCGCUUUGCCAGUAGAUCUAUUACCGUACAUAGGAUUUGCUCGCAUAUCAAUGCUUUUACUUUUUGUAGUUGACAAACAUAAAGAUUUCUUACAUUUGUUUGACUUUUUAAGUUUAACCUAGGUUCAUCGGAAUGUUUUAAAAUAAUGUUUCAAACCUGCAAAACAGAGAAAAUCGAUAAAUAAAACCUUUUUAUCUUGAAGCAAUUCUAAAUAUUAAUAAAUCUUUAUUGUACCGGUUCAUAUUUUGUUAAGGAAGAAAUAUUGAAAAUGAGGUAAAACGUUUAUUGUUUAUUCCAGGUCAGCUUGCAACAUUAUAUUUUCAUAUUAUAUCAAUUUUCACGAAAUCUUAAAAUGAAGUCAUUGUAUUAUACGUUUUCUUUUUUUCUUUUUUUUUAAACCGUUAUAUGCAUGUAAAACAAAAAGGGUGGAUAUUGGUCAUUUAUUUAAUAAUUAUAUUUGAUGUAUGUACGUUUAGAAGAGAAUAAACAUUGGGACUUUUUGUAGAUACAUGAAUCGAACUAGCGAUUCUUGGAUAAUUUUACAGUUGCUUGCUACAAAAGUAAGUGGCUUUCUUUCCGUGCAUAUCAGACAAUAUAAUAAAAAUGCCACGCUAUCAAUCUUUUCAACAUCUAAACAGACAAAGAUCAGUCCACAUUAAACUGUGUUUGCCUUUCGGUAAGUAACUAUUUGAAAUAUUCGUAAAUGCAUAACUUUCUUUUACGGUCAGAAAAAAAUAAGUAACUAUAACUAUUCUCUGUACGAUUUUAAAGAACGCCAUAUUCUAAUGUGUGGGUGUGUUUGUGAAUGAUGUCAAAUCGCACGAGCAAUCUCACGCAAAGGGCAAGUCUUGAUAUUAUUGCACUAAUGUUGUUUAUACGAAAUUCCAAACGUACAGGUAAUGUCAAUAUUUGUUAUUGUUCUUUAAUAGACGUACAUGCAUCAUUGCUCAAAUAAUUCUCAGUGCAUCAAGAAAGAAGACGGCCAUCAAUAUGUGUACUUGUAAAAGCCUAUAUCUUUCAUGUAACCAUAAAAUACCUCCUUUUCAUGUGCACGUGUAUCUGUUGAACAAAAUUCCAGUGUUAUUUAUAUUAUAUAUAUCUAUUCAGCCAUAUAUAUGUACCAUCUACAUAGCUGUUACUCAGUAUUUGUUCACCCCGGACACAGAUUAAUAGACAUGUUACUCUAUUGUCUACGAUGACCUAAUUUUCAGUUUUCUAGUCUUGUGAAUUAUUUUUGAAUAUUGAUAAUUUUUUGUUUAAGUAUGUUUCAGUUUACUAUUACAUGUUCUUUUGUAAAUAAUAUUAGGUUAUUUAACAAUAUUCCGUACAAUACGGGGAUACAAUUUCAAAAAAAUGUGUAUUAAACGAUCCGAGAGGUGUAUGGUUUGGGUUUAAGAUAUCCCGUAUUGCACAGAACAAUGUUAAAUCAUCUUCCAAUUCUAGUAUUAUUUUCUCUCAAAACGAUACUGACCGUCACGGUGUUAUCAAUAAAACUUAUGCAGAAUUAA